CAUAAAAUCAGGGCCUUAUUGCCGACCUUCGACAUCUCUCUUAGAUUCUCCUCUCCUCCCAUGGCUGACAGCAGCGGCUGGGCUGGUCUCCCCCUGGAUGUCUUCUCCCUCAUCUUCUCCAAACUCUCCCUUCCUCAAUUUCUCCGCUCGGCCGCCGUCUGUGCUUCGUGGUCGGCUGCCGUCCGCGAUCUGUCCACGCGCGGAAGCUACUUUAAGUUCCGCGGGCAGAGCCCCUGGCUCGUGCUUAACGACAAUCCCCGCGGCGACCCAUCCGCCAUCACUUUCUACGCCUUGGACGAGCGAAGGGAGUACACCAUCCCGGUCCCGGAGCCUCCCAUAAGCGACCGACUCUUUAUCGGCUCUGCUCACGGUUGGAUCAUCACGAUCGACGCCCGCCUCCGGGUGCUACUGCUGAACCCGAUCACCGGCGCGCAGAUCGACCUCCCUCGCCUCCUCCCCUCCGAGGACACCCAUCCCAUCCGCGACACUGCAGGGCGCCUAAUCGGCUUCAGGAUGUCGAAAACAGUGAGCGAAGAGCAUCACCUCAAAGCAAUUCUUUCUGCUGAUCCGUCGCUCGGAGAUGGCUACACCGUCGCGCUCAUCCAAUAUUUUUACAGGAGAAUCUUUUUUACCCGCUCCGGCGACGAAAAAUGGUUCCAGCUAAGGAAAUCCAUUGUAGUUGAAAAUAUGGUCUUUCAUAAAGGUAAACUGUAUAUGAGCACACUUUCAGAAGUGUAUGUUUGUGAUCUCGACGAGGAGGCCCAAAUUGAACAUGGCGAAAUGCCCAGAUUUAGAGUGGUCGAUCGAGCACUACAUCGUGACGACCUACACUACUUGCUUGAGACUCCUCGAGGGGAUCUUUUGAGUAUUUGGAGGGAGAGAAAUCAAAAUUUUUCCAAGACCAUGUCUGUCAAGGUUCACAGGGUGAUAGAUGAUGAGGAGAGGCCAAGUAAAAGACUAGAAAAAACGAUGGACUUGGGAGAGGAGUUUAUUAUCUCCUUAGGCGACAGCAGGGUGGUGGUGGAUAAUGAGAGUCUAAGUAUCAGACUAGAAGCCAAGGACUUGGGAGACUUGAUCAUCUUCAUCUUCUUAGGCGGCGGCGACGCACUUUGCCUUUCUGCUUGUGAUUUUCCACAUUUGGCGCCUAAUUCUAUAUAUUUUACAGAUGACUUUACAGGUGACGAUAUAAUUCCAUAUCGAUUCCUUUACUAUUUGAAACAGCUUCAUGAAAGUAAUUCGCAAAUAUUUUCUGCCUCCCCUCUGCCAAUGUACCUUCCGCAAAUGUUUUCGGAACGAAAUUGGUUCAGAAAAAUUCUGAAUUGUGCGAUUUCCUUUAGCAUCGACAAGACUUCUGUCAGAUUAUAUUGGCAGCCUCCCUCAAGCUCCAUUAAUUAGUGAGUCUAUAAUCAUUGUAGCAAGUCUAUAAUCAAUUGCUUAUGUAGGUAGUGUUUGAUGUUAUAAACAUUUUGUAUGCAGCGUCUUUUUUUUUUUUAAUGAAAACAAAGAAUAAUGGUGU